AUGGACAAGAUGCUGUCUUGCGCCGCAGCCGAACUCUCGGCGCAAUGCACUGAGCAAGCUCUAAGACAUGUGUCCAAGAUGGUCUCGAUCUGGGCACGAAAAUUUGACCGAAACUGUACAUUGAGUGAUUUCGGCAUAGCUAAAGAAGUGAAGCCAGUAGUAGAGUUAGUGCUUGAUGCCACUCCGAAGCAACUCACUGUCGAUGAAACUGCUGUACCGAGUAGUGCCACGACAGCUCCACGAGCUUCCUUCAUCAUUACGGCUUCCAUAAUUCCCGAGCCGGAGCCAGAACCGGAACCAAAUACAGAAUCUUCACAGCUAUCCACCAGUAGUCCAACGCAAGUAGCGAUGACCGGCGACUUACCUCAGCCAGAGCCUGAACCAACACCUUCCCCUGAACCAGAACCUUUACCGCAUUCUAGUGUUGAGCCCAGUUCUUCAUCGAGUUGGACAGAAGACUCACCGUCAACUGUCCCUGAGCCAGCAGAUGCACAGUCGUUUGUUGGUUCAAAUUUGCCUAGUACUCCACCAGUACCUGAGCCAUCACCAGAACCCGGUCAGCAAACUGUGAAUGGAACAACAACUGAUUCAAAAUGGAGGACGCAAGAAUAUGAAUUCUUUACACUGUGA